AUGAAGAGAGCAGAAUUAGGCAAUCAUGUUAACGAAAGAAUGUUUGAAUUCGGGGAAAGAAUUGGAUGGACAUUGCAGAAUGUAGAUGAAAAGCUGAUUAGCGACUUCUGCAGCAAAAUCGGAGUAAAAAAAAAGGUUUUAAAGGUAUGGUUGUACAAUAAUAAUAAGACGAAGAAGCAUAGUAAAUAUCAACCUACAGCUGCUGUUAUAUUGCCUGAACUUGUUAUUCACAAAAUAUUGUCGAAUCUUAAUUAUGUAGAGGCAUCACGGAUGACAAUUCUCUCCAAAACAUGGCAACGAGCUUGGUUGACUCAUCCCAAUUUGUUAUUCGUAGUUUAUUCGGGUACGGAUGAAGAGAGGAGGAUAGGUAAAAUUGACGCCGAUAUAGUGGAUAAAAUUAUGAAGAGAUACAUGGAUGAGAAAAUUCCUAUUGACAAGUUUGAGCUUUCCAUGGAAAUUGUAACACCUACUACAGGUUAUCUUUUCUCUUCGAUUGAUAAGUGGCUUGACAUUGCUCUUCAGAAUGGUGUAAGAGAACUCGUCUAUAGAAAUUUAGAAUAUCAUUCAUCCUUCAAUAUUUUUAAAAUGUUGACAGCAAAAUGUUUACGAGAAGUGGUGCUGAGGAAUUGUAAUCUGGUGUAUUUUUCUUCAUUACCUAGUGGUCAUGUGGGGAAUUGUCAUUCUUUGAGAAAGCUUUCUCUAACUAGUGUAACCGUAGACGACAACAUGCUACAGGGUCUACUCGCUAAUUAUCCCUUGAUUGAGAAUUUAAUCAUUCGCCAUUGUCGUGGGUGGAAAAAGUGUGAGGUGCGGAAUCUUCAAAAGAUUAGGUCACUUUGCAUUACGAUAAAGAGUGAACAGGUUGUUAAAAUCGAAGCACCAACUCUUGAACACUUGUCAUAUUCUAGUUAUGUUUUGGGAAAAUUGGAUAUUGGUGAAUAUCCGAAUCUGAAAUCUUUAGAGUUAUUUGGCCCUUGUUAUUCAACAAGGGUUAACAUUGGCAGAAGUGAAUCUUUGAGGGACCUGAAGAUUAAUAAUUUGCUCCUUUGUUGUUGUCAGAAAAUCGAAGUAGAUGCUCCAAAUUUGGUAUCACUCGAGUAUGAAGGAAGUGAUAUUCCGCAGCUUGAACUUGCAAAAGAAUCAAGCAAUUUCAACAAGUUAACUCUUAAUUUCAACAAAAACUCAUUCAAUGUUGGGUGGUUUUAUCUGUUGAUGGAAUUCCUAUUGAAUUCGGAAUUUCUAUCAAAUUCUACCUCUUGGUCUCAAGUUUCCCUUCAUAUUUACAGUUGCGAUGGGAUCAAUAUGGAGUACUUGAAACAAUACUAUAGAGUUGCUAUCCCACAAGUGGACGUUUUAGAUGUAAUUAUAGAGUCAAGAGAGGAUUUCCCAACAUUUGUGGAUGCUUUUUUGUGGUGUUUUUGUCCUAGGAGACUCAACAUAUCAUCAUCAUUCAAAACGAUUAUAUAUCUCAUCAAUCAAUUACUGUAUUUGAAGAAUUCGAGUCAUGGAGACAAGCCUCAACUUAGUCAAUUAAAAGCCUACAAGUUUGACAGGAAGAAUGGGAGUUGGCAUCCUGUGAAGCCCAGGAGCAUGAAGCUGCUAACAGGGGACCCUAAUGAAAUGGAGAAAUUUUAUUUUUUAUUAAAUUGGUGA